AGGGGAGCAGGUGGCAUGAUGUGGAUACCCAUGACUCAUGGGAAGACAGGGUUGCGGUUCCUGUGUCUGAGGCAGUGGUCACUUUUACCGAUGUCCAGAACAAGCAGCAUGUGAUCUUCGAGAACGGCAUGAUGACCGAAGACGCGUUGAGGAUCUUCAAGGGUCGACUAUUCAUAAACACUCAUCUUGACGUGCUGCAGUUCGAGAUGUCAGGUGCAGACUCUAAAGCUGUCGGACGGUAUGUGGUCACCGAGAAGAAAGGCAGAGCUUUUGUGAUCGAUGUCGCUGGAGGCUCUGGAGGACCAACCAUUCCAGACAGGGCUGUGCCUAUAGCCUUGGCUGCCAGUAUCCUCACACUGUUCAUCAUCGGUUGCUGUGUGAGGAGAUGCUCUAAUAAAAAGAAGGAAGCCCCCUCUCCUGCCGUCGCAUCUGCUGCCACCCCUUCCGCACCGGCCGCUACCCCUUCCGCUCCUUCUGACCCGCCUGUCUAUAUCCAUGGUCCUGUCCCAAGGCCUGAACCAGCCUACCAGCCAGGGGCUCAGAGUCGAGUGGAAGACAUCCGAGACUCUCCAACAACACACAGCUACGACAGCCCUCCACCUUCUUAUGAUGAGUUGAUGGCCAACGGACCUGCGCCCUACGUUCCUUAUGUUCCCUACGCUCCGCCUGAGGGUCCAACCGGAGCAUAUGGUGUGCCUGUUAUUCCCACCCCUGCUGAACCCAGCGCCCCUUCACCCCCAGACUACCAGUACCAACCUGGUGGAUUGUCUGGAACCACAAGUGACUUUCUCUCUGGUUGAAUCUCCUCUCCACACUGAUACAAGUGACACCACUGUCUAAUACUCAGCCAAGCUCAACUUCUAAAGCAGAAAGAGGGAUCUUUCCAUCAUCCUAACUCUAGUCCUCCCUUGUGCGUGGGCCCUUGUGAUAACGUCACAAGAUGUCAUGGACAAUAGAAGAAGUUUAAUCCAAUAGCUCUCAAAAGCACAAUUCAAAGGUUAUUUCCUCUGUUACAAUUGGGAUGUUGAAAAGGGUAAAGUCCCCCCAAAAGUUGUUAAGGCUAGUCUGACCGCGUGGAAACUUUAUUGGAAACGAGACCUCAGCAAACCCCUAGGUCAUAACUUCAGGUCGAGGACUGGAGAUAUGAUAAUGAUGUACCCAGAGUGUUUUUUAUUGGGUUUUUUAAUGUAAGUC